CGGCCCCGCGGCCUCCGCUGCGCCCCGGGGCCGCCCCCGCCUCGUCCCUGCAGCCCCCCGCUGAUCUCCCUCCGGUUCCCCUCGGUGAUCCCCCGACCGGGUUCCUCGGCGCCUCGGUGAUCCCCCUGGCCUUGUUCCCUCAGCGCCUUGGUGAUUUUUCCCGGUGAUCCCUCACCCCGGGUUCCACAGAGCCCCGAUGCCCCCCGACCCUCCGUAGCUCCCCACUCCACUCCCUUCCCUCCCGGCUUCCCUGUCCCCGGCUCCCCCGUGCGCCCGUCGGUCCCCCAGAGUCCACUCGGUGCGCGAUCCCCACGGCCAUGAGCGAGCUGAAGGACUGCCCGCUGCAGUUCCAUGACUUCAAGUCGGUGGACCACGUGAAAGUGUGUCCCCGGUACACGGCCGUGCUGGCCCGCUCGGAGGACGAUGGCAUCGGCAUCGAGGAGCUGGACACGCUGCAGCUGGAGCUGGAGACGCUGCUGUCCUCUGCCAGCCGCCGUCUUCGCGUCCUGGAGGCUGAGACACAGAUCCUGACGGACUGGCAGGAUAAGAAGGGCGACCGACGCUUCCUGAAGCUGAGCAAGGACCACGAUGUGGGCACAUCUGUAAAACAUGGGAAGCCCAAGAAACAGAAGCUGGAGGGCAAAGGGGGCCAUGGGACUGGGCCUGGGCCCGGCCGGCCCAAGUCCAAGAACCUGCAGCCCAAGAUCCAGGAAUAUGAGUUCCAGGAUGAUCCCAUUGAUGUGCCCCGCAUCCCCAAAAAUGAUGCUCCAAACAGGUUCUGGGCAUCAGUGGAGCCAUACUGUGCCGAUCUCACCAACGAGGAGGUCAGAGUCCUGGAGGAGCUGCUCAAGCCGCCGGAGGAUGAGGCUGAGCAUUACAAGAUUCCACCGCUGGGGAAGCAUUACUCCCAGCGCUGGGCACAAGAGGACCUGCUGGAGGAGCAGAAGGAUGGAGCCCGGGCAGCAGCAGCUGCUGACAAGAAGAAAGGUGUCCUGGGGCCACUGACUGAGCUGGACACUAAAGGUGCCCCAAUCCCACCCCUGCCUUUGCCCAGAUGGGCUGGGAGUGCUUGUGCUCAGUGGGGCCAAGCCCAAGAAAGGCUGAGGUUGCCCUGCCCCACUGCUCAUCUCUGUGCCUUUGAGGUUGCUAUUUCACUCUCCCUCUUCCUUCCAGAUGUUGAUGCCCUCCUGAAGAAGUCAGAAGCCCAGCAUGAGCAGCCAGAGGAUGGGUGUCCCUUUGGUCCCCUGACACAGCGUCUCCUGCAGGCCCUUGUGGAGGAGAACAUCAUCUCCCCUGUUGAGGACUCACCCAUUCCUGAGAUGACUGGUAAGGACUCAGGAGCUGACGGUGCUGGCACAUCUCCCCGCAGCCAGAACAAGCCCUUCAGUGUCCCCCACACCAAGUCACUGGAGGGGCGGAUCAAGGAGGAGCUGGUGGCCCAGGGCUUGCUGGAGUCAGAGGACCGUCCGGCAGAGGACUCGGAGGAUGAGGUGUUGGCUGAGUUACGAAAGAGGCAGGCAGAGCUGAAGGCACUCAGCGCACACAACCGCACCAAGAAGCACGAGCUGCUGCGGCUGGCCAAGGAGGAGCUGCACCGGCAGGAGCUGCGGCAGCGUGUCCGCAUGGCUGACAACGAGGUGAUGGAUGCAUUCCGCAAGAUCAUGGCUGCUCGGCAGAAGAAGCGCACACCCACCAAAAAGGAGAAGGACCAGGCCUGGAAGACCCUGAAGGAGCGGGAGAGCAUCCUUAAGCUUCUGGAUGGGUAGCAGGGACCAAGGACCCCCCACUCUGUGUGGACCUCAUCUACAGGAGGCUGCCCUGCCACCACGGGACGGAACUGGCACAGCCUCCCCCAUGCCCUGAGUCUGCUCAGCCUCCCUGCUGGGAUGAAGGAGCCCAGCUGCUGUCCCCUCCCUGCGUGGGGCUGUCACUGACCCAUGCUGGGCACCCUGUGGAGUUGUGGAGGUCCUGCCCUUGAGCAACCCACCCCAGCUGGUGGCUUCCACUCCCAUGUCCCCCCUGCACUCCCCUGUUAUUCAGGUGACAUCAGCCAGGUCACUGCAGGGGCCAGAUGUGAUGGGCGGUUCCCAUGGUCCCCUGUCCCUCUCUGUGAUGCGGGGCAGAGGGAGAUGCCAGCCCCCACGGCUGGACUGGGGGGAGUGGGGAGGGGAAGGGGCUGGAGGGGUGGGGGGCCCGGUGGGUUGGUGGCCGAGCUCUCCAUGUACCGGUGGUUUCUAUUGCCGCGAGCACGGGCAAUAAAGGCAGCCGUGCACA